UAAAAACUUUCUUCUUAGUCUCUCUUUAGAACUCAAUUUCAUCAGUGCACUGAUAUUAGUGGAGUAGAGAAUGGGAGGACAGUAAUUACAUUUGAUUAAAGCUGCAAUCAAAGAAACAAGCUUUGAGAUUAGAACUUAGAAGAAGAAAGUUGGCGAUCAAAUAUGGGAUCUUUGGAACAAAUUGAAGGUGGUGGAGGGGAUUCAAUGGAAGCGAUUCUCUAUGUCAAUGGAGUUCGAAAAGUUUUGCCUGAUGGGUUGGCUCACUUCACUCUUCUUGAGUACCUCAGAGAUAUGUGUUUGACGGGGACAAAGCUUGGCUGUGGUGAAGGUGGUUGUGGAGCUUGUACUGUUAUGGUUUCCUAUUAUAAUGAAAAGUUGAAGAAAUGUCUGCACUAUGCUGUCAAUGCUUGCUUGGCUCCUUUGUACUCAGUGGAAGGAAUGCAUGUCAUCACAGUGGAAGGAGUAGGAAACCACAAGAGUGGUCUGCACCCCAUUCAAGAAUCAGUAGCACGAUCUCAUGGCUCACAGUGUGGGUUCUGUACCCCUGGCUUUAUCAUGUCUAUGUAUGCAUUGCUAAGGUCAAGUAAAACAGCACCUACAGAGGAGCAGAUUGAAGAGUGCCUUGCAGGAAAUUUGUGUAGAUGCACAGGUUACAGACCAAUUGUUGACGCAUUUCGAGUCUUUGCUAAGACGGAUGACAUGUUAUAUACAGAUAUAUCUUCUUCUCUAAGUCAUCCUGAAGAAAGUGACUUCAUUUGCCCUUCUACAGGAAAGCCUUGCUCAUGUAGAUCAAAACUUAAAAGAGCUGAACAAGGGACUGCUUGUUGUGCUGGGAGGUUUGAACCUAUAUCGUUUAAUGAAACUGAUGGAAGCACUUAUAAUGACAAAGAAUUGAUUUUUCCUCCUGAAUUUUUGUUGAGGAAAUCAAAGUCUUUGACUUUAAGUGGAUUUGGUGGUGAGCUUAAGUGGUUUCGACCCUUAACACUUGAACAUUUGCUGGAUUUGAAAGCAAAGUUUCCAGAUGCUAAGAUAUUGGUUGGUAAUACUGAAGUGGGAAUUGAGAUGAGAUUGAAAAGAAUCCAAUAUCAGACAUUGAUUUGUGUUACACAUGUACCUGAACUCAACACAUUGAAUGUAACAGACAGUGGUAUAGAGAUUGGUGCAGCAGUAAGACUAUCUGAACUCAUGAAAGUUUUCAGAAAGGUCAUAGCAAAGCGUGCUGCUCAUGAAACCUCAUCUUGUAAGGCCUUUGUUGAACAGUUGAAAUGGUUUGGAGGGACACAGAUAAAAAAUGUUGCAUCUGUUGGUGGGAACAUAUGCACUGCAAGCCCAAUAUCAGACUUGAACCCUUUGUGGAUGGUGUCUAGAGCAGUGUUUCAAAUCAUUGAUUGUGAAGGAAACAUAAGAACAACUCCUGCAAAAAGCUUUUUUCUUGGUUAUCGUAAGGUUGAUCUAGCAAUGAAUGAAAUUUUGGCGUCAGUAUUCUUACCAUGGACUAGGCCUUCUGAGUUUGUUAAAGAGUUUAAGCAGGCUCAUCGAAGGGAGGAUGACAUUGCAAUUGUAAAUGCUGGAUUUCGUGUUUAUUUCAAGGACAAUGGUGAAAAUCGGGUUGUUUCAGAUGCAUCUAUUGUUUAUGGUGGAGUAGCUCCACUCUCUCAUUCUGCAAAAACAACACAAGAAUAUCUCAAGGGAAAGAUUUGGAACCAGGAGCUACUUCAGGAUGCUUUAAAAGUCUUACAAAAGGAUGUUUUAAUCAAGGAUGAUGCCCCUGGUGGCAUGGUGGAGUUUAGAAAAUCACUAACUCUUAGCUUUUUUUUCAAAUUUUUUCUAUGGAUUUCUCAUCAAUUGGAUGCAGCACAAUGUGUCGUUACAAAUAGUUUUCCAUUGUCUCAUCUAUCCGCUGUUGAAUCAUCUCCUCGGCCAACUGUUAUAGGAAGUCAAGACUAUGAGAUUAGAAAACAUGGAACAGCUGUGGGUGCUCCCGAAGUUCAUCUGUCAUCUAGACUCCAGGUUACUGGGGAGGCUCAAUAUGCUGAUGACACUCCAUUACCUACUAAUGGUUUGCAUGCUGCUUUAGUACUUAGCAGAAAACCUCAUGCUCGGAUACUUUCAAUAGAUGAUUCAGGAGCAAAAUCUUCACCUGGGUUUGUAGGGAUAUACUUUGCAAACAAUGUUCCAGGUGAUAAUAAGAUUGGACCGAUUAUUCAUGAUGAGGAACUAUUUGCUUCAGAAUUUGUCACUUGUGUUGGUCAGACUAUAGGAGUUGUUGUUGCUGAUACGCAUGAAAAUGCUAAGUUAGCAGCAAGAAGGGUUCAUGUUGAGUAUGCAGAACUUCCAGCAAUCUUAUCAAUACAAGAUGCAAUCAAUGCUAAAAGUUUCCAUCCUAAUACAGAGAGGUGGAUGAAGAAAGGGGAUGUUGAUCUCUGUUUCCAAUCAGGGGAAUGUGAUAAGGUUAUAGAGGGGGAUGUUCAUGUUGGAGGACAGGAACAUUUCUACUUAGAGGCCAAUAGCACUGUGAUAUGGACAAUAGAUGGUGGUAAUGAAGUUCAUAUGGUUUCAUCAACACAAGCCCCACACCUGCAUCAGAAAUACGUUUCCAAUGUUCUUGGCCUUCCACUAUCAAAUGUCGUUUGUAAAACCAAGCGUAUUGGUGGUGGUUUCGGUGGGAAGGAGACAAGAUCUGCUUUCAUUGCUGCUGUGGCUGCUGUCCCUUCAUAUCUGUUGAAUCUCCCAGUUAAAAUAACAUUAGACCGUGAUACAGACAUGAUGGUAUCUGGGCAACGACAUAGCUUUCUUGCAAAAUACAAGGUUGGAUUUACAAAUGAUGGGAAAGUUCUGGCUUUGGAUCUUGAAAUCUAUAACAAUGCUGGAAAUACAUUAGACUUAUCUCUUGCUGUGCUUGAGCGUGCUAUGUUCCACUCUGAUAAUGUUUAUGAUAUACCGAAUAUAAGGAUUAUGGGAAGGGUGUGCUUCACUAAUAUCACUAGCAACACCGCCUUUCGAGGAUUUGGUGGUCCUCAGGGAAUGAUAAUAACUGAGAACUGGAUUCAAAGAAUGGCUGUGGAGCUCAGAAAAAGCCCUGAGGAAAUAAGGGAAAUCAAUUUUCAAGGUGAAGGGUCAGUUUUACAUUAUGGCCAAAAGAUAGAAAACAGUACUUUGUCCCAGGUGUGGAAUGAGCUAAAGUUAUCUUCUCUAUUUUCGGAUGCUCGCAAUGAAGUUGAUCAAUUUAAUAAUCGAAACCGGUGGAAGAAGCGUGGUAUCUCCAUGAUACCCACAAAAUUUGGCAUAUCUUUUACUUUAAAGCUUAUGAACCAGGCAGGUGCUCUUGUUCAUGUCUACACUGAUGGAUCAGUUUUAGUUACUCAUGGGGGUGUUGAAAUGGGGCAAGGUUUACACACUAAAGUUGCUCAGAUUGCUGCCUCCGCCUUCAAUAUCCCUCUCAGUUCUGUCUUCAUAUCAGAAACAAGUACUGACAAGGUUCCGAAUUCAUCGCCCACGGCAGCUUCUGCGAGUUCGGAUAUGUAUGGAGCUGCAGUUUUGGAUGCCUGUGAGAAAAUUAAGGCACGUAUGGAGCCCAUAGCUUCACAACAUAAUUUCAGCUCUUUUGCUGAGCUUGUCAUUGCGUGCUAUGCUGCUCGGAUUGACCUUUGUGCUCAUGGAUUUUACAUUACACCAGACAUUGACUUUGACUGGGAGACUUGUAAGGGUAACCCAUUCAGGUACUUCACAUAUGGGGCAGCAUUCUCAGAGGUUGAAAUUGACACACUGACUGGAGAUUUUCACACUAGAGUGGCUAACAUUAUUCUGGACCUUGGGUAUUCUCUCAACCCAGCCAUUGAUGUUGGGCAGAUUGAAGGAGCUUUCAUGCAAGGUUUGGGCUGGGUGGCUUUAGAAGAACUGAAAUGGGGAGAUCCAGCUCAUAAGUGGAUACCACAGGGCUACCUAUACACAUGUGGCCCUGGGAGUUACAAAAUCCCUUCUCUAAAUGAUGUCCCCCUCAAAUUCAAUGUUUCACUCUUGAAGGGACAUCCAAAUGUAAAAGCAGUCCACUCAUCCAAAGCUGUUGGAGAGCCCCCAUUCUUUCUGGCAUCAGCAGUGUUCUUUGCAAUCAAAGACGCCAUUGCAGCUGCAAGAGCAGAAGUUGGGAAGAGUGGCUGGUUCCCUCUUGAUAAUCCAGCUACACCAGAAAGAAUCCGAAUGGCUUGUUUAGAUGAAUUCACAGAACCUUUCAUUGGUUCCGAGUUCAGGCCUAAACUUAGCAUCUAAAUUUAGUAGCAUCUUCGCAUUAUGCAAUGCAUUGUUGUGCAGAUUCCUGCCUUUUAACAAUGCUAGCUCUUGAGAAAAAGUUGGUUAGUAAAGCAUGCCCAUAUUAGCAUGUCAGACAUACUACCACCAUUAAAUAAAAUCUCUAGAGUUUGAUGCAAUAUAUUCUAACAUGAUUUUCCUCCAUGAAAGAUCUAGAAAAGGUUUAGGAAGAUGGUUGUUUGACUUUGAUGAACUUGAUUGAUUUAGACUUUUUUCUU